UUUCUCUCUCGUACUUUUUAUUUUCUCGAAGUUCCAGACAAGAAUACCUGACCCGCUGUUUGCGCCGCACUCAUUCAUACCUUUACCGACCAUGAAGUUCACAACCGUUUUCGUAGCUCUCGUUUCCGCCGUUCCAGCCGUCUUUGGUCUUACCAUCAACACACCGGCCAAUGUUGUCGAGUGCCAGCCCAUUUUGUUCAGUUGGUCUGGCGGAGUUGCUCCCUACUACUUGACUCUUGUUCCAGGUGGGCAGUCGAUGGCUUCACCGAUCAAAUCCUUCGCUACGCAAACGGGCACAUCCUACACUUGGAACGUUGAUCUUCAAGCUAACACCAUCUUCAACAUCGCUCUCAAGGACAGUACCGGUGCCACGGCAUACUCUGACAUCGUCACUAUCAUGGCUGGCAGCGACACUAGCUGCGUCAACACGGCAGUAAACGAAGGUGGCGCGUCGAGUGGUUCCGCUGUCGCCUCUACCGCGACCGGAUCAUCUGCGUCUGGUGCCACCUCUUCCAGUGCCAAAACUUCUGCCACUACCACUGCAACUUCUGGUACGACCCAAAAGACCGGUGCUGCCAGUAGCCUUUCUGUCUCUUCAGCAAUGGGUGUUGCCGGUGUGAUGGGACUCGUUGGUGCUGCUCUCUUCUAAGCAUGUUGGUGUGCCACGAUCAUGAUGUGUGACGGACUGUUUAAUUUGAUACUUAUCAACCUGUCUUUGCUCCGUUCCGUAUUAUCCAUAUUUUAGUAACAUGUUUUUGUUGGCCCACAUUGUGCUCCUUUGUGCAUUAUAGAAGAGCAUCAUUCAUUUGUAACUGAACCCUA